GUCGGGGUCACGACGGUGCGCAGGAACAAGCUUGCCGUCGCCGAGUGCUACCUGCAGCGCCAGGCGGACUGGUUGAGACUCCUGAUCGGGAUGGCCAAAGAGCGCCGCGCAUCCAGCGUGUCUGUGUCUUUGAAGUUCGACGAGACCAAGGAAUCGCUGAGGAUGCACACGGCCAAGGGAGCGCUGGCCAACUCGGAGCACGACGACGUCGAGGUGAUGGUUGCCACUCUGCGGCUGGUUGUCUCGAUGCCCGGCGUCGGCGCGGUCUUGUGCUGGGACGCCGUUUUCCCGCCCGUCCCGUUGCUCUCGACCAGCGCGACGCACAUCCUGGCCGCCCUGACUUCGCACCCGGCCGCGCAAGAGGUGCUCGCGCUGGUGGACGAGCUCAUGAUGCCAGACCACGCCGAGGUCGCGACGUUCACGCACGAGUUCGACGGCGCCGCGGGCAACGACAGGUUGCAGGCCCACUUCGCAUUCGACAAGUUGUACGCGAAGCCCCACGUGCACUACGAGAAGUCGCUUUGCCAGAACCACUCGGAUCUUACGCCCCCCCGAAUCUAG